AUGGCGAAGCUCAUCCUUAUCCUCCUCUCAAUCAUCAGCCUUGCGCUGUCGGCAAAGCUAUCGGCUGUGACACCGUCGAUCACUGCGCCAGCCUCGACGCCUCUUGUCACCAUUGCUCCUGCGCUGUUGGCAAGAGAAAUCACCAGCUGUGCUUUGGUGAAGGCUCCAGCAUUCACGAUCGAUGGCCACGCAUACCCAGCUUCGUCAUCGUGUACCUGCAAUGGCGGCGUAGAAGCCGGCGCCAGCCGCACAGUGGGCAAGGACGGUGCUACGACGUGGGAGUGUGCGGCGAACAGUACUCCGAUGCCCAUCAGCACCGAGGAACCCGCUCCCACCCCGACCUGGGUCAUUCAACUCAAUAUUGGGACACAGAAGUUCAUGGUGGGCGACUGGCACCAAGACGAGCUGACGCCACUGAUGGGCAUUCCGUGCGGUGUCGAAGGCUGCGAUCCGAAGUACGCGCAGGACUUCCACUUCAACUGGACUUCGUCUUCCGAGGCUCUUAGUGAUGGUGCUCUCGGGGCUGUCGGUGUCGCGAACACCGCACUCGGAACGGUGACGAUGAGCGGCAACGGCGAUGGCAUCCAAGCUAGGAUGGAAGCCAUGCUGAAGAGCAUCAACACCGCUGUAUUGAAAUCGAGUCAAUGCGAGCAAGUCACCAGUCUCGUGCCCAGUCCUCUUCGCAGACGCUUUUCUCCGGGUACCGAGGGAUACAUCACCCAGACUAUGUAG